CGAUAAAUGGGUACGAACGUAAUAGGACUCGCGAGAGAAGAGAACACUACGAUUAAGGUAGUAAUUAUUCGGUAGAAAAUGGUACACCUAUAAAUUCGGUUUACACGCGUAUGUAUCCUAUGUAUUUAUUACGUAAAGUUCGAAGCCCGAAAGAACUGCAUUCCGUUCUCAAAGUGACGACGUCUGCCUCACGAUUUGCCUACAUUCUCACGCUUCUUCUAUGUAUCCGACGACUUUGAAAGAAUUUCUAAUACUCUUCUAUGCAUCUCCGUUACUUCUCACUGCUAUACCUAAUAUUAUAAUGAGAGAAUAUAAUUAUAUAUAAACGAGAAUAUAAUUUUCUACAUGCGAUGUUGCGAGUACUUGUAAAUUCGUGAAUGUUAUCGCGAUUGACGGCUGGAAAAGAGAGAGAGAGAGAGAGAGAGAGAGAGAAAAAAAGAAAAGAACAGAGAAGAAAAAAUCAUCGAUUAGAAUAAACAGUUACACAUUUUAAUAGGAAAACGAUAUACGGUUAGUUUAAUUGCGCGGAUUUCAAAUUCGUGGCUAUGAUAGAUUUUAAUGACCAAUUAGCGAUAGAUCGUCGCUCUUUAGCUUCGAAGGAAUCAGAACUGAAAAGGAACGCCGCGUGAUUAUCUGAUUUCUUAUCAAACACGAGUUUAAUUUCGCGAGGAUUCCUUUCUUCAAUUAGAUUCUCUACUUCGUAUCUCAGUAAAAAUCGUGAUGGCAAAGUGUAUCGUAGAAACGAUUAAUUAAACGGGGUUGAAUGGUUUCAAAGGUGGAAUUUGGGUCGGACUUUAUCGAUGCGUGCGACAUAAUAUAUCUGGUAUAUGUGUGCAAUGGUCAUUAUAGAAAAUUUUAGUUUCACUUAAAUUACGUCGCGCCUCGUUUAAUCGAAUGGAGGAGACCGAAGAAAUUGCCGCUGUUCUCUCGUUCUUAUAUUCGCACUUUCUAUGCGGUUAUGAGUUUCUUUGAAAUAUUCUUGAUAGAACAUCUAUUCGCUGGAUUAUAACGCUCGAUUAUAGCGUCUAUCGAUACUUGCAAAAAAUUCUCGCGCGAUAAAAUGAAUUAAGUGUACGAGAUGAAAUAUUACCGACACUUAAAAUGAUUACAUAUGUCGGUAAAAUGAUCGUCGGUAAAUGAUCAUCGAUAAUAUAAUAACCGACCGACAUUAUACCGACUCGCGGUCCUUUUAAGGAAAUUUCUUAACUCGAUGACUUUGAUAUCCUUGCUACCUCUCUCCGUGAUCGCUAAAGGUGCAACGAAAGGAGACGCUAUAAAACGAUAUAGUUCAGGAUGAUGGUACUCGAUAAAAAUAUUGGAUAAUGAGCAAAAUUUUGAAUAAUGAGCAAAUUUUGAAUAAUGAGCAAAAGGGAAUAGCGGCAAAUAAGAAUUUGACAGUAGUACGCUACUAAUAGAAUAUCUUUGAAUAUAGAAAGAGUAGGUAUGUAAGAGUAGAAUUUACCGAUAUAUUCUUCAUACGGUAUACGUAUCGUCAUACGAACGAACGAACGAACGAACGAACGAACGAACGAACGAAAGCAGAAAAAAGACGGAAAGAAAGAGAAAGAAUCCAGAGUAGUUGUACUUUCAAAGCCGCGUCACAGCAGCGUCUCAAAGCGGCCGUUCGAAGAGUUCGAUACACCGGCCUCGAGAAUGUCAACCGCUCGAGUACCGUUCGUUUCGACAAUCGUUCGUCGAUCUCGUCGAUUUUUUGCUCCCACCACGUUAGAUCGAUUCACUCGUCCGUUUGCCCUUUGACGGAAAGAUAUGACAGAAGAAGCAGCUACCUUGGCCAUACAAAACGAUCGAACCUCCUCUAGAUCGUCUCAAGAUGAUCCGGUUUUAAGUGCGAGCUCUUACACGGGUCCUCAAAGGACGACCUUGAGUUCCGAUCGACGGGACGAGUCGUUGACUUUUCACCGAACUUCUCCUGUUUUUCGAUUGGAGACUUCCAAGAGCGUCUACAGUUACGAUAAUAAAAAUGAAAUCAGAGAGUCUCGUUCCGAAGAACCGAUAGAUCAGUUGACUUCUUCAAAGCACGUCGAUCAUAUAGACGGUAAUAACAUCGAAGUGAAGUCCGGAGAAUAUUAUCGCAAUAUAAUACCAACGACGAGUCGAUCGAUUUCGGGGGAAGGACAUGGGGCUCCGCAGGGACGGAAUCUCUUGACGGAGCCCCAUCAGCCGGUUGGAAUCCAAGACCGACCAGUACUCUAUUUGCAAGGAAUAGACCAACCAAGACAACCUCGCCAAGAGAAGAUUUAUAGCGAACACGCGCCACCGCCUAUUCUACAAACUGCCUUGCCUGGUAGACAAGCCAAUCCUGAUAUUCAGGACAUCAUUACGGGUAUCGUAAAACUUUUGAACGGGAAUGUCAAUGUGGCUGCUAAUACUGUAAGACCGUUGAGGCCGAUCCAAGCGACGAGGAUCAACAAUAGAGGACCGCCGAGAAUUUCGGACGUUCCUCCUUUACCACCGGACUUUGAUACGCCUGGUAUGAAUCCUCCUCCUCCACCGGACACUCCUUAUCCGUUUGACAAGCCACCGAGUCCUGAGAGGCCUCUGAUCAAUCAGUUACCACCGGAAAGGCCGAUCAGGCCUUUCUUGAACGGUGUACCUUUACCGGAACAAAUUGUACCUUCGGGAAAUCGUCCUUGGUCCUGGAACAGGCCUGGUGUUCAUAGACGACCAAUUCCAGCGUACAAACCUCUACCAGCGAAUUUAGAUUCUAGCUUCCAUCGGGACAAGGAUCAUCUGAGCAACGAAAAGCACACCGAGAAGCCGCAUUUUGAUUUGAACCCAGAUCAACAGCAGAUUGAACUCAAUACGACCAACGAGUCUGCGAACGUGGACGAUGGCAUCGCGACGAAUCACAAAACGAUAGAAAAUAAAAUAGGAAAUAGUCCUAACCAGGAGGAGCAGGAAAGUCCUGCGAAUCCAACGAAGAAAGGAGAACACGAUGAUUUUACGAAAAAGAUACACAAGUAUCAGUCUCACAUGAAGGAUAAGAUAAAUAACGACAAUACUCUCGUGUUGGGUGCCGAACAAGAGGAAAAUGAGAAUCAACCUAGCAGCGUGAUACGAUAUACGGAUUUUCCAAAACCCGUCAUAUCUUUUAACAGUCAAACCAAGGACACGAAGAUUACGAAAACGAGUCAAGUCGCGAUAUCUUCGGUCGUCAACUCGAAGAACGAAGAAAGCAAACUCGACGUUGCGUUUUCGAGUAGCAUCAAACCUACGAAAUCGUUCCCAACGAGCACUUUGAACGUUGAAACGAGCUCGUCGGUACGAGUGAUCGAACCGACGCCAACAAGGACGGACGUUCGGCCUACUUCUGUCCCUUCGAACGACGAUUCGAGUAAACCUUUCGAAACGUUGACAACGACGACGACGACGACGACGACGACGACGACGACGACGAAGAUUACAACGACGACGGAAUUAGAGCCGAGUAGUACGUUUACCGAAUCGGGAAGCAUAGAAAUUAGAACGACUUCUUCGACGCCAACGGAGAGUUUACCUACGACGAUUGUCAAAACUAUGAGCACCACUCAGAAAAGUAUGAUUCAUUCUUCGAUGAGCAGCAUCUUUUCGAAAAAUACAGCUCCUACGGAUCGAUAUUCCUACCGACCUCGGCCUGGAAUAGUACUAGACGAUACCUUGGACUACACGGGAACCCCAGGAUUGGCUACGCAAAGACCUUACCCUUCGCCAAGACCCACGUCCUUGGUCGACAUAUUCGACGUCACCGUUUCUGCGGUUCAAGGCCCUGGUGGAAGUUCUGGAGAUGGCGUCAGGGUAUCUAUAAACGGAGGAAACGCCGAUGUUAUUCUCACUUCUGCCGUGGAAGGUCAAGGGUUUGUAAGUAUCGACGGUAAAAGGACCUAUCUGAAUUUGUUCGAUAAUACCGAUCGAACUUCUACAUCCUCGCAAGUGAUACCUCAACCAACUAGAACUCAGCCUCCGCAUGUCGUCGGCACCGGUCUAGCGAUCCCGCAACCUGACACUCCGAGCAUCAAUCAACGUCCUGCCUUAUUGUCACCAAGACCGAAUUAUCCAAAACGACCGACUCAGCCUCCCGUUAGGAUAGACACUUGUAUAGUUGGCGAUAGUAGUACCUGCGAUGCGAGUCAACACGAGGCAUGUGCAACUAUUCAAGGUGUAUCAGCGUGUCACUGUAAACCAGGAUACGCGAGAUUACAACAUUCUCUCCCAUGUAAAAAAAUCGUCAGUAUCGUGGUAUCCAUUAGGAUAGACAGAUUUUACGAUAGAAAGGUUGUCUGGGAUCGUGGACUCGCUGACAAGGAUUCCGAAUCUUAUCAAACAUUGGCUUUCGAAGCAAACAGAGCCAUCGAGUCUGCGAUGUCUAUGACGCCUUUCUCGGACGAGCAUAUGGGAUCGUCUGUAAAUUCUGUAUAUCAAGGUGACGUGAGUCAAGGACAAGGAGGAGUCUUUGUAAAUGCUACCUUGAAACUCAUCUAUGAACCGAGAACGGUGCGACCUAGUUUGGCUGGCGAAUUGCAGAAACAACUUCUCGGCGUUAUUCAUAGAAGAAAUAAUAAUAUUGGAAAUAGCGCGCUGUACGUCGACAGUCCUCGCGGAUCGAUAUCCAAUUUGCAAGACUUGGACGAGUGUGCAUCCUCGGAAUUAAACGAUUGUCACUCUUAUGCAACUUGUACGAACACGUGGGGUGGUUUUACCUGUACUUGCAAUCCAGGAUUGAAAGAUCCCCAUAAAGAUGAUUCGAACGAAGCUGGUAGAUCCUGCUUAUCUUGUCCUUCGACUCAUUGCAACAACCGAGGGACGUGUUCCUAUCAAAACGACCAGAUGCAAUGCGCAUGUACUGGUAAUUACUAUGGUACUCAGUGCGAAGUCGACGGCGAAGUUUUGGGCGUUGCGAUAGGUGCCUCUGUCGCGGCCUUAAUAAUCAUAGUCUUAACUUUGGUUUGCCUCGUGAUGUGGAGUCGGAGAUGGUCGCGCGAACAAAAGUCCGUCGGUUCGCCCGUUUAUGGAUACAUUCAAGGUGGAAUACCUGGGACGCUUCCUGGUACGUUGGCUAGAGUGGGCUCGGUUGGGACUUUAGCAUCGGUGAAGCAAGGACCACCGCCUAAUUUACCACCCUAUAUGUUGGCACAUUUUGCCGAUCACAUGGCAACCGCGAAUAUCUAUGCCACCGAACCUAUGGGCCCGACAAGACCGAGCUCUGCAAUGUUCGGUUAUCCACCGAUCAAUGUUCAUGGAACGUUACCUCCGGUUCCAUUACCAAGACUUCAAGCUCCGCCAAGGCCGAGACAAAGACAUCAACCGGAUCCGGAUAGUUCGGACUCGGAACCGCAGGACAAGGAUAGGGCCGAUUUGAUACCACAGAGCAACGGGUUCCACGUGCCCAGGCCAAAGUCCAGAUCGUCUUUGGCGGUGAGCAUAACGAAACAACGUGUCUUCUCACGAUAUAAUAUUUUACUUGCACUUAAUCCUAUCAUUCGUGCAGGUCGUCGCUUUAUUUUUACAUUAUUACUUUCAAGUUGCAUAUCUUCUCGUAAGAAAGUCUUUUCUUUUCCUCAUUUUAUAGAAUCAAAGUGGAAUCUACAACGACGUGGAGUACGAUCAAGGCGAUGUUCAGCACCUGUCCAAAAACAAUAUACCAAUGUCCACCUAUAGACCGUAUUAUAGAACGUGAAAUUGUAAUAUGAGUCGAUUUUAAUCGACUUUCAUACAAUUUCAAGGAAAUAGUCUUUAAAUGGGAGAAAAAAACGGAAGUUAUUGGCCCUGGCUCGUGAUAAGUGUCUUCCGUGUACGCAUUACGAUGCGAGAGAACUGUAAAAUAAUAAAAAAAAAAACGAGACUCUACGUAUUAAAAUUAUUUAAGCGUAAAUACGAGCAGAGUUUCAAUGGGUGUUCCCUUGCGGCGAUGGAUGUAUUUUGCGAAGCUUCAUUUUUAGAAUUUCUCUUUCGACGAGUAUACAACAAGUAUACGUUGGUUUCGAUGGCCAAUAUACAAAAGUUUAAAACGAUUGGAAGAGUUAAUGCUAUAAUCCAUUACGUAAUUUUUGUAAUUACAUAUUAUAUAUUUUUUUUUUUCAAGUUGAAUACAAUAUACAUUUUGAAAAGUUAACUAUGUCAUCACUUUUUCAUUGCCCCUUCCCAAAAUAAAAGUUGUGGAAAAAAUUUUGGUAUGCGUAGCUUCUUUAAUUUUGUUUCUAUGUAGAUAAACGAGCAAAAUACAUCGAAGCUUUUACGUUUCGCAAAUUUUUUUAUUCGUUCACUUAUAAUUCCUAUCACGAAAAAGAAAAUUACGAUCGUUGAAAUUCUAUUGGGGAACUGAUAACGUUUUUAAGAUUAUGCUCAUAUUUCUUUUUCUUUCUAACUUUCAAUGAUACUUAAUUACGAUAAAAAGGAUAUUCGAAAUCAAGAAAAAGAGAAAGCUGGACAGAAGGGGAGAGGUUGGGGCACGUGAUGAUCUACGAAGAAUACAAGUACAUUUAUAAUUUUUAAGCUGAAACAAACGGAGUGCAUCCAUUUAUUAUUAUAAUAACCUAUGGAUAAUCGAAAAGAGAAAUUUUAUUUUAAAUAAGUUUUUCUUACGUUCUUCCUGCAAACAUGCGAAAAUCGUGGCGAGAGGCUUUUUCCUUUCAUUUUCGAGUCUCGGCACUUGUAUAGAUCGUAAAGUGAUAAUGAUGAGAAUAAGUUACCGAACGUCGACGUAUAUAUAUAUAUAUAUCUAUAUGUAUAUAAA